GCACCUGUGAGCCUUCGUCCUAUGUUUGACCUUUCGUUCCCUCCUCCUCCUCCUCCUCCUCCUCGUCGACUUCACCCAACGAUCCAGCCUGAUGUAACCCGCCAUCACGACAAUCCAAAGUUGCGUCUUUCCAUAAUUCAAUAGUCCCUGCCGAGCAGGACUGCCAUUCAUUUAGAACCUACAUUUGCUACUACAGCAAUAAACUGUCCCUCAUUUCGAAUCCUGACCCCGAAGUCCUUCAUUCCAAGUCACUCUUUUCAACCGGUCCACCAGCACCACUGCCAGUUCAACGACCUUAGAGUACCGUUUUUUGUCGAUUGUUUUCAUUCUACCACGACGUCUAUGAUAGCAGCAUCAGUCAAUACAGGAUAGCAUAGAACCAGCGUCCGUCCCGGUCGACGAAAUCCAUCGCAUCGAAAGUCAUCAUACAUCGUGACAGCCUACACUUACGAGUUCACUGUCUCCGCAUCUCGACCCCAACCAACAAAUUCACCACCACCACCUUCAUUUCCGGAAGCCUUCACAUACACGGGAGGCUUCACGGCAGGACCGACACCACAAAUCCACCAUGGAUACCCGCCGUGCCGCUGACGAUGUGCACGACUUUCCUCUCGAGAAGAAGGCCGCUGAGGAGGCGCACCUCAAUGACAUCCACUGGCCGCUCACGAUGGGCGGUGCUCCGACUCUGAUUAAAUCAUACACCCAACCCACGCCCUCUCUUCUCGUUCCCCGCUCCCCGCCAGGUGAUACUACGGAUAGUUCUUCGUCUGGCGAUAGUACUACGUCGAGUGCGUCUGCGGCAUCUACAACAGCCGAGUGCGGACCUAAUGACACUUCCUCGAAGUGUGAGAAGCCGUACUCCGCGUCAUCUUCGACUAUUGCUAUCAUUGUCGGUGUGACUGUUCCUGUUGUGAUCAUUAUCAUUGCCUUGAUCUACCUGCACCGCAGACACAUCCGCAAGGUGAGAGAGGAGGAUGCCAACGAUAAGCACAAGUCCCUUGACUUUGGUCUCGGAAUGCAACCUCACCCUGGAGCAAAGAAGGGCAGGAAGCUCCCUAAUGGUUUGUCGGACUACGAUAUGAGCGAGAAGCCAGGCCACAAAGGCCAAUUGUCUUUGGACAUCAUCAACAGCCCUUAUCUUCUCCCACCAGGACUAAACAACUCAACCGAGUCCCUGCAUUCCCUGUCAAGAUCGAUCCACAACAAGGAGGACCCUUAUCGCCCGGUGAACGAACUUCAAAAUGACAAUGCUUCCAUGCGCAGCGGAUUCGGAGCAGCUCCAAGACGUGGUGACGGCUCAUCGACCUACACUGGCCACACCGGCCACAGUGGAAAGUCAACUACUGCCUUCGGCUUGGUUCGCAAUGCCAGCCAGAUGGGUAGCACUGAUGGGAACAACGAGUUUUCACCACCUCCUCGCCAAGCUUCGUUGGCAAAGAACGCUCUGCCUGAGAACGGACCCGCACACAUCGAACCUGCACCUGCAUACUUCCCCAAGAACUCGUCUCUUGACGGAGGUGUUCAGAGAAAGGGACUGCCAUCGAGCCCCAGGGACUCUAACUCUUCUAAGGACGGCGAACGUAAUACCUCGAGCUUCAGACUGAGCAACAACUACCUUGGUUCAAUCGUCAAUGGAGGAGGUCGCAUGGAGACCCCACCACCAUCUGCCCCUAAAGACAACGAGAAAUCCCCCUUCUCCGACUCCGCCGCUCUUGACAUGCCCAUGGGCCCAACCUCUCUAGAUGACGACCGUGCUCCCCAGCAGAACUCACCACCAAAGUUCGCAAACUCAUUACCCGCGAACCCUCGCCCACCGAGGUUACAGUCACUGCCCCAAGAAAAAGCUCCCCUCCCAGAGAUCCCGCAAAUUACCCACGACGAAAACUGGCUGCAGGGCGACUACGGCAACGACGGCUUCGUCGUCACACCCCCAUCCCCCACCCAAGAGGCCGCCAUGAAGCGCGCCAGCCGCUACUCCAUGGACGUCCCCCCGGAGGAAUACGCCAACGCCGGCCUCGGCGCCCCAGGCGUCGACCCGCGCCGCAUCUCCAUGGGUUUCCGCCCUCUCCCCCCCACUCUCGCCGUCGAGUCCGACGACCCCGAAGUCCGCGCCAACCGCAUCCGCUCCUUCUACAAAGAGUACUUCGACGACUCCAAGCCCGCGCCCGUAGGGGAGUACUACGAAGACUACGACGACGGGGCAUACUACGACCCCCACGCCGAUGCCUACGAAGCCCCCAUCCCGCAACAACCCUACGCACAACCCAUGGCUCGUCGCGCCUUCACUCCUCCUCCCGGCGCACAGAGGUUCAUGGGCCAAGCACCACCCCGCGGCUCGCAAGGCUCAGGCUUCAACCAGAACUACAACAACAACUACGGCCCUGGCCCCAACGGCCCACCCCGCGCCUUCCACGGCUCAAUGAGCGGCCGCUCCAUGAACCAAUGGCGCGGCCCCGCGCCCGGUUUCCAAGAACCCCGCCCCUUCUCCUCAGCCUCAAACCGUCGCCCCAACACCGCCCAGCAGAAACGCCCCAUGGCUCCGCUCGCGGAUCUGAAUACCAUCCCCACCCCCGCUCUGCUGAAGGAUGACAGCUUCGCCAUCAUGAACGCAGCCGAUUUCGUCGCACCCACGAGCUACAAAGAGCGCGCCCAGGGCCGCUCUCAGAGCCCCAUGGGUGAGCGCAGACCGUAUAGUCCUGCUGUCCCUGUGCACAGGCCACUUGUGAGCGCGUUCGAUGAGCUUGCGGUGAUUCCUAGCCCGCAUUCGCUGAGGAAGUCGGGGACGUUCACGUCGUUGGAUUUUGCGCCGCCGAAGAGGGUGUUUAGGGAUCAGGAUACGAUGAGUGAUGCGGGCAGUAUUAGGAGUAAUCGCAGUGGCGUGUCGGCGAUGCAGUUGCAGGCUAUUCGCAAUGGUGCGCAUCGUGUGAGUAGGUUGCCCGGGGAUAGCGUGAGCACGAAGGAUGAUAUGAUUGCGGCGCUUAAGCCGACUUGGGGGUUGAGGAAUGGGGAGUAAAUCCCGUUUUUUCCCUCGAUUCUCUAGUUGGUGGGAGGGUUGGUUGCAUAGGAGGGGGGUAAUUUGUAUAGACGGAAAGGAACGGCAUGGCGCGAAUGGGAAUGGGCUUCUUUUUGUUCGCUCUUCUUGAUGACGAUGUGUCUGUCUUGUGUUGGAGGGAGGGAUAUAAAAAGGCAGCAUCUGUGUUUUUUGUAUAUGAAAGCAUGACCCACCACCCACCCCGAUCGUUUUUUUUGCCAGGGAGGUGGGGAGGAAAGGAGUACACUGUAAUUAUGGCUAUGGGCCGGCAUAUAUUUUUUGUUGUUUUUUUAUUUUAUCUAUUCAUUUCACUUCUUCCGUGGCGUCUUCGUGGUGAUGAUAAUGGUGAUGCUGUUUGCGAUAUAUGUGGAUGGGAUGGGAUGGAGGAUGGCUCUUGGUGGAAACUACAUCAUAUCAACCUCCCCUUCAGGAGGAAGGAAGGGGCGCGACUAGUUAUCAUAUCAAAACUAAACAACCAGCCACUUAACUAACCCCCGCACCACCAAACCUAGCUGAGCGAGCUCUUAAUCAGCUUGUGAAAGGCUGUGGUAAGGUUAGUAAGGAAGAUAACGGGGAAGGAAAUAUGUUAUUCUGUUGCUUGCUAGGGGGCUUUGAAUCUUAGAGGGUAGGUUGGCGUGCACAAUGAAGAAAAUAUGGAUUCUGCGGAACUUAGAGCUGUGUUGAUGAGGCUAAAUGCAGAAACUCUACGUCUAAUACCUUCCUACCGAGACCUUAGUCGGCAAACAACCACGGAUCUACGAGUUCGAACAUUAUCAUCUAGCGCCCUCGAACACUAUAUAUUCAUCUUCUCACCAACACCACUUCAGCACGCCUCAUACCCCAACUCUCAAC